CGUUAAUCCAACAUGGCGGACCCUCCAAAGGCCGAGGAGUAUCAAAACUUUUCAUUUCCCAAUGACGAAAUGCCGCUAAGCUCGAUCAUUCCAGCUGUACAAGAAGUAAGGAAACGUAGACCUCCAUUUGUUCCCUCUGUUGGACUUCCAAAUGUGAUUAGAACACCACAGGAACUGAUGGUAGAAAGAGCCAUGGAAAACUGCGCUUUCAAGUCAGUUUUGGCCGGAGUCGUAGGUACUGUAAGAAGAUAAUUUAUAAAAAAAGCCCACUUCAUUUUUAGUUCAUUAAUUUUCAAUGUGCCUAACACGUUAUUAAUAAUGGAGAAAACUCUUUCUACGGCUCUUACUGGAUACGGGACCACCAAUUCUUCAGGCGUGCCCAAUCGAUAAAAAUCGAUCAUCGGAAAACAAUCAAUAAAAUCAAUAUAUUUGAUAACAAUUAAUAGAUUAAUAUCAAUAAUCGAUACUCACAAUGCAAGUCCUCUUAACUGUAUCGAAUUUUAUCAGCUUUACUAAAAUUAAUGUGUUAUAGUUUGGUCUGUAUGCAGGAAAAACGGGGAAAGUGGCGAGAUAUCUUUUUAUUUGUCUAACAAUUAACAAUUAAUGAAUGAGGCUGAGUAUCUUAUGAAGAAUUAUGGAGAUCAAGGAGGGUGUUAUCCGUAGGCUGAGGCGGAUAACAACCUCCGCGAUCUCCAUAAUUCUUCAUAUGAUACGAAAGCCGAAUUCAAUAAUUGUUAUAUUAUUCAUUCAAAACAAUUCCUAGUUCAAAAACAUAGCUAAAACAAGCUUACCGGCAUCGAUGUUAAGUUUACCUUCGAUAGUUUACGUUUAGGUUUGCCCAGCUCCGCAAAUAUUCUCCAAACAGCAGCUGUCGCCCUCCGAGUUGUCUUCUUGCUGUUUUUGCUAUGUUUUUUGCUAUUAUUACGCCUAGUUCCGGCUGUAGUUUUUUCUCUUGAAACGAGUGAAGUGUCGGCCAUUUUUAUUUUCACAACCAAAACAACUCAGGCUCGUUCCCAUGGUGCUUUAACCCGUAAGAAGGCUGCAUUUUUGAUCUCAUUUCCUAGUUAAAGUCAAAAUUCUUCCAAGUUUGGUCAUCAUUAACUGGUUAUGGUGAAUUAUGCGUGUGCUUUUAGCCAAUCAGAAUUGGGGAAAUAUUUUGAAUGAAUAAUAAUCACCAUUAAUGAAGCGAUGAUCUUAGAGAUUAAGCGAAGAUCACAUUGCUAUUUCAGUAAUGUUUGACAAUGUUAGUUGUGCAAUGACAGCAAAGAAAACUGCCAAAAAGUUUGCUGCACUUGCAGAGUUUUAGCUUUGCUUAUUUUCUUACUUCCAUUGUUGUUGUGGUUGUGCUGAGAUCACUAGUAGCCUAACCAUGAAAAAAUUUUGGUUUUUGGAGAGGGGGGCAGAGUUAGGGGUCUUGAUCAAGACAUCUAGCAAGCACCACCAUUCGGGGAGUACCCACCCUCCUUGAGAGUUGUAUUUUUUGGAUCUCCUUGUUUUGUUUGUUUGUGUUGGUUCUUCAUUAUCUGCAGGCUGGUUGAUACAGGUCAUGGAAAACCUGUAGAGUUAUGGAAUUUAAGAAUUUCAUUUGCAAGUCCUGGAAAUUCGUGGAAUUUACUUUUUGGUCCUUGAAAGUCAUGAAUAAUUAAAGUUUUGUUUGGGUAGAUUAGUUACUGCAGAUGACAAAGCAAUUAUGUAAUGUAAGAUGAAGAGGAGUAAUUAAACAGCACAAAUGUCACGCAUUUUAGUGGAUACCAGAGUUUUUUUCCAUUGAACUGUUUAAGGUCAACAAAAUAUUCUAAAUCAAGGAAAGUUUUGAAAAUUUUCGAAAGUGACAGUUAAACCUAAGGUCAUGGAAAAACUCAUGGAAAGUCAAGGAAUCUGAAGAGCUCAAGAGGGUAUGAACCCUGAUCUGUGCUGGUACCUGCAGGAGGUACCCCAAGUUUCACAUGUAGUAGUAUGGUUAUGACUUGACACCUUUUUUGUAGGGGCAGAGGGUUUUGUGUUAUUGCUGAGGAAUGUUAUGGAGUCAUAAAGACUAAACAUUGUUUUCUUCUAAUAAGGCACAAAAAUAAGGCUGAACUUUAAACGCCAGCACCACACAACUGGCAUGUUUGCCUUGUUCUUGAUGUUUGUUUUUUAAAGUGUGAAUCUGCAAUUUAUCACCCAUACAGGUUAUGGUCUUGGUGCUGUGUUUGGCCUUUUUACUGCUGGAAUGGACUCAUCCAUGCCCAAUCCUAUGACUGGAGUUGCUGAUCAAUCAGCUAAGGCUAUUCUCAAAGACAUGAGAUCUCGUGCAGUUUCUUAUGGAAAAAAUUUUGGUGUAGUGGGUUUCAUGUUUUCUGGAACUGAAUGCCUUGUAGAGUCUGUAAGUACAUAAAGAUAUGUCUAAAUGACCCCUCCACCCCCUCGUCACUGUUUAAGUUUAAAUUAAAGUAAUUAUGUUAAUUAUUUUUACCAAUGUUUUUAGUCUUUAACUUGAAUGUUUUUUCUGCUAAGAUCAGUCAGUGAAGUACAAGUCAACAGAUUUCCUAAACAAGGGCCAAAGGCGCAAGCUUCUAGGGGGAUCUUGGGCAUGCACCCCAGUGAAUUUUUUUGGCUUUUUGCUCCCAAAGGUCACCUUUCCUGGGUUUCUGAGUUAUUUAGUCAGGAUAUUGGCCAGAUUUUAACUUGAAAAGUUUUUUUCAUUAAAAAUGUAUUAAUUAUUUUAUUUAUGAAAAAUCUGACCAAUUUUCAUAAAACAGUGGAAACCGAUGUGGAUCUGCGCCUCAUCUGGCAAGGGUUUUCCCUAUCUUGAUAUUUUGGUAUAAUUUGCAGUUUCGAGGAAAAAGUGACUGGAAAAAUGGAACGCUUUCAGGAGGAAUCACUGGUGGACUCCUUGGGCUGAGAGGUAUUGACACUGCAGAAUAGUGAUCCUGCUUAGAUCAUGUUUUAGAUAAAAACAAUAAUGCAUCUUUCGAAGCCAAAAGCUAUGACAGUGUUGAGCAAUAAAUGACUUAGCUCCAUUUUAGUCCCAUCUGCUAACCUGGAUUAGUCCAGGAGAGUAAGAAGAAAAACUGAGUUGGGAAGGGUGUCAAUGCUAGUUAUAACAUGCUAAAUUGUUUAAAGCACCAAAAGUCUUUGGUCAUUAUAGCAAUUUCCCACUCAACUCAAAAAUAAUUUGCUAGUGUAUUGAUCUCCUUUGAGUUUUUUCUUCUUCCAAAUUUUUCAUAGCUGGUGGGAAAGCAGCCGUUAUGGGUGCACUUGGAUUUGCAGCAUUUUCAACUGUUAUUGAUUACUACCUCAGAUGACCAACACAUAGACUGGAUUAUCGCCAGCCACUGGAGAUCCCAAGACAAUUUUUUGUCUAAUAUGAGUACAGAGAUAGGUGAAACACUUUUAUCCAACAAGCUGUCCCUGCCAUUGGUGGGUCAUAGAGUUUAACAAGACUUUGCCAGCAAAAUCUCUGAGAAAAAGGAAGGAUGCAGUGAAACCCUGCCUUACGGCCACCUUCGUAAUACGGUCACCUCAUUAUUACGACCACUUUUUUUGGCCACCCAGCAAGAACCACCAUACUUUUUCGUGUAAAAAACCCUCGUUAAUACGGCCACCCUGUUAAUACGGACAAUUUUUUUGGCCCAUUGGUGACCGUAUUAACGGACUUCCACUGUAGUUCAGGUGGUACUGUGACUGAAUAAGGUGGUUCUAUAGUGGAAGUGAUAGCAAAAAAAUAUGAACAAAGGGAUGAGAAGGGUGAAACAAUGGCUUUGCUGAAAAUGUUGGUCAUUCUUUUGUUUUCUCAUCCAUACAAGACAAGACAGUGAAAUAUCUUCUUUUCAGGACAAUAAUUUUCCUUUUUUUUCUAUCUCAAAACUGAGCCUGUAAUCAGGUCAGGUUCUGUAGAGGAUAGUUCACAAAUCACAAAGGUUAUGCUUCACCGACUUAGGGUGCAGUUAAUUUAUAGCAUUUUCGAAUAAGAACUAUGACACAUAACUCUUUUCUGGGAAUUUUCAAGUUAUUCAAAGAACUGCAUGUAUUUAAGUACCAAUCAAACAGGUACAAGUAUUCAAUCAAUCUCACUCUAAGGCACUUCGAAACAGUGGCACCUGGUUGUAAGGUACUUAAUAAAAUGAUUCAUCUGGAUUUUAAAAGGUCAUUUGCAGAUUGCAUGACUCUCAUAGUCAAUUUGUAGCAGCCUGGAGGCCACAGCCGGCGAACGCAGAUGUAUUUGCGGAAGGGACAACCUGAUAUACGUCUGUGUUCAUUGGCUAGGGAGCCAUGAUUGAUUGACGAAAUGUCAUGACACAAAUGGUGUGGGAACUGUACAGGAACCCCAAGGCUACAAAUGAGACGCUCGGUAC